UUAUUCUGACCUCACUUCAGAAAAACAGUGUUAAAAACAACAACAGAACUGAAAGUUAGAGGUUGGAGAGUAACAAGAAAUACAUAAGUGCAUUUCAGCUUCCGGGAAUAGUUGGUCAAAAACAAUAUCCAGAAGCUAACUGUAAACUAUACUGAUAAAUCAUGCAAUAUGGCAUUACGAGCUGUUUCAAUAGUAAAUCUGGAGAGCAGUAUCAGAGCGGAGUUUGAUCGCCAAUAUGACACUAUACAACGAAAUCUUCAAGCGCAGAACGAGCGUCGACGUUCUUCUCAACCCCCGGCACGAAACAAUGACGAAGAAAACUCAAACCCCGAAUCAACUGAAAAUAGUCCAUCCCCCGAAGAAAUGACUGAAAAUGGCGACUUAGGAUGCGCUGACAGCCUAAGCGUUCCGAGCCCUACUCACCACGGGAGCAUGGACAUAUCCGUCGAGUGCCCCAAUUUCCCGACCUCACCUGACCUUCCCGAGCGGGAUGACGUCAGCGAUUCCAUAGAUCUCGACCGAGAGAUCGAAGAUUUAUCGACCGACAAUCGCAGACACAUGACAUGUUGCCAGUUUUAUCGCAACCACUGGAUUGGACAUCUUGUAACAGCUAUUCUAAGUGGAUUUUUAUUUGUACUAUUGGGAGUUAUCUUUCUUGUGAAUGGAGAACAGUUUCCCGUUUACGCUGGAAUUACCCUGAUAUUAUUAGGACUAGCACCAUGCUGCAUGGCUUUGAACAGGUACAGAUAUAUGCGUUUAUAUGAUCGAGAAAGACGACGAGCUGUUCGAAGGCUCGGUGCAUUGAGACGACUGCACAGAAGAAACAUGCGAGAUAAUCGGAGACAAGAGUUUUCAGAUCUUCCGCCUGCGUAUGAUAAUCUAGGAUAUGAUUUGUCUGGAGAAGAUUUUGAAAUAGUGAUUGAUGAUUCUCGCCGUUCAUCGUUCGUUUUACCAACGUAUGAUCAAUGUGUUAAGAAAAAAAUAAGCACUGAAGCGAAAGAACCUAUUACAAGUAACGUCACCAGUGUCGAUGACGUCAUAGCCAAUCAUCUGAACAACAACUAUAACGACAAUAAUAACAAUAUGAACAGUGAAUUCCGCCAAGAACCAGAAGAUUUGCCAGCAAGCGAUAUACAGAUUGAAAUCACCCCGCCAAAUGAAAAUGAGGACUUUGUGGUAAUUGAUAACGUAUCACAAUAUAACUCAACAGCAUCAUCUAGCGGAGAAGAAAAUGAUAAUAUCGAUGAUGGACAGCUGACCGCGGAUGAGGCGCCAAACAAUUCGGAUAACGAAACAACGAGAGUGUAAACUAAAAUAGAAAAAAAAAAAUUCUUUUUUAUUUCGUAUUCUUUUGACACUAUAAACCAGAGGUAGGCAAGUUUUUGAAUCAGUGGCAAAAAAUUUCAUACUGGCGGGCCAUGUGAGACGCAAAAAGUUACAUUUUAUGCGCAAUAUUUACACUGUUUCCAAAACAAAAAUGGAAAACAAUAAGCCUCUUGCCAAAACUAAUUUAAUCACAAUCUCAACAAAUUUCUUGAGCUAUUAUUUAGCUAAAACAUUAAAAUUUGAAUUUAGGUUGGUUGUGACAGCAUCAGGCGGGCCAGAUUGAAUUACCCAACGGUUUGGAUUUGGUAGUUUGGUAGUUUGUCCACCCCUGCUAUAAAAACGUUGUAAAUUGAGGCGCUAGAAGUCAUAUUUUAGAGUCGCAGAAAUAAAUCUAAAUUUAUAUACCUUUAUGCUAAUUCAGUGCUACUGAAAAUUUGUGUUUUCACAAACUAAUAGAAGAUUCAAAAAUUGCAAUUUUGAAAAAUUCGCAAUUAUUGUUAUUCAGAAAAAAUCGAAUGUUUUCUUAAUUUAAAAACUGGCGCUCUGGAGGUUUUCGUAACAAGAUGACGCACAACCUUGACCUGGUACACAUACUACGUUCAGGUUGUGCACCAUCUUGGUACGAAUACUUCGACAGCACCUGAAAAUUUACCAAAUUAAUAAAUUCAGAACUCAUGUAUAUCUUUUAAAGGUCUUCCAUCACUCACAAUAGACUGUUACUGCUCCGUGGCCAACGAAUGAGUUGGCCACACAAAUGUUCCCAAUAAUGUGAAUUGAACGCUAAAAUUCAAUUCAUAAUACACCCCCUCAAUAUAGGAAUAUAGCAAAUACGUGAAAAUCGAAAUGUAUAUGAAAUAUGAGGUACAACAGACGCUUGAAAAGUGAUUGUUUUCUUCCAAUAAAAAUAGUCCUCUGUUGAGACUUACGUUUAUGGAAUUUUCAACCCAUUCUUCACAAAAAAAUGCGUUUAUACGCCUUUUUAUCACUAAAUUUUCACAAAUAAAAUAUUCUACGUUUUAGGACUCCAACUAGUUAUUCAUUUCCAUAUAAGAUUAGACUAGUAACGGAGAUUCUUCUGAAAAAAA